AUGCAGCUGGUCUUUGCAGGCAGAGUUUCUGGGCGGGCCCAAGGGAAGCACUUCAUAACUGCCUUCAUGCAGAAUGGAUUGCAGCAAAGCUACGAGGAUGGCAAGUUCAAACUCUUUAUCACUGGCCUAAAAGAUGGCACCUCUGUCACCGUCGCUGUCCACAAGAGCAAGUUUCUGAGGGACUUUGCAGUCAAGCGUGGUGAGACAGUGCCAGUACAGUUGCCAACCAACAUCGAAAUGGUUGGAACUGCAACAUUCCACUCUGCUGUCAUGGUCAAGGCCUCCCAUGACAUCACGGUCCUUUCGCUUAGCUCCAAGCCCAACUCUGUCGCCACCACAAUUGUCUACCCCAGGUAUUUACUUGGGAAUACCCACUAUGUGGUGACACCUUCUGGGCACCCUUCCAAGGGCUUCCAGGAGUUCUCUGUGAUAGCCUGCCAGGACCCUGCCCAAGUCUACAUCUAUGUCACGUGCCAAGUGACUUUCCAAGGAGUGACCUACGGGCCAGGAAGCAAGCUCACCAUCUUCCUCGAAGCUUACCAGGCUGUCCAGAUCCAAAGCCAUGAGGACCUUUCGGGCAGCAAAGUGGUGUCCCACAAGCCUGUAGUGCUCUUGUCUGGCCACAAUUGCAUCUGGGCACACGACAAUUGCCAGCACGUCUUUGAACAGCUGUUGCCCAUCCGUAAAUGGGGCAAAGACUUCUUGAUAGCACCACUGCCCUUCCAGACAAAUUAUGAUGUGGCCUAUGUGACUGCUUGCCAAGAGACACAGCUCCAAAUCCGGGCCGGCACCCACCACACCAAGCACCACUUGCAAGAUGGGCAGGUGGUCGUUCUCGAAGUGAGAGCUCAAGCACCUCUGUACAUCUCUGCCAAUGUGGGCAUCCAGGUGCUCUUCUACGCCACAGGCGGGGUGAAAGAGGGUGUUCCCUAUGACCCUUUCCUCUCCAGUGUUCCUGCAGUAUCUGACUAUUCUAAAUCCUAUGGCAUCUUGGGUCAGGAAGGCUUCCACAACCUGGGGCUCAUUGUCGCGGAGAGCAGAACAUGCCAAAGCAUUACCUUAGACAAGCAACCCUUGCACUAUGCACAUUGGCAGGUCAUACCGGGCACUUCAUACUCCUGGACUGAGUUCAUCUUCAGUGGGCACAAGGCAGUACACUUUGUAGAACACUCCAAGUCUACCUUCAGUCUGCUGAGCAUUGGUGUCGCCCCACACAAUAGCUAUGGCUCAGUAGCCUUUGCCAUCCAUUCAGCCCUGCCUUCACUGAGCCCUCAUCCCAUCCCCUGCAGUGGAACGAGUUGUGGAAAGGGAUACGUAUGCAGCAUUGUGCACAAUCAGCCCCAAUGCAUCCCAGAACCUCAGACCUGCAAUACCACCCAAUGCCAAGAGGGAACGCUAUGUGCGAUAGUAGAGGGCCUGCCCAGGUGCAUCCCUUCCCCGCCAUCUUGUCAUCACAUCCAGUGUCAAGAAGGGUCCAUAUGUGACCUAGCUGAUGGCUUCCCAAAAUGUGUGCCAGCACCACGCUCAUGUGCUGCCAUUCAGUGCAAGGAAGGCACCAUCUGUGUGAUCACUAACAGCUGGCCUGAAUGUAUCCCAGCACCUGCAUCCUGCCAAAACAUUCAAUGUAGUCCAGAAACAGUGUGCAACCUCAUUAAUGGCUGGCCUCAGUGUGUGCCCGUCCAACCUUCCUGCCACAAAGUCCAAUGCGAAGUUGGAACCAACUGUGAGAUUGUUCACGAUCAGCCUAAAUGUGUCCCAGUAGCAGCACCGUGCAGUGUUCUUUUGUGUGAAAAAGGGACCAUGUGCGAGAUGAUCGACGGCCACCCAACUUGUGUACAAUUGCCACCAUCGUGUCUGCAUACUGAAUGCAAGAGAGGGGCUGUGUGUAAUAUCGUCGAUGGGUGGCCUAAAUGCAUCCCAGGGCCAUCCUGUGACAAUUUAAAUUGUGUGGCUGGUACUGAAUGCAAGACUGUGGAUAGCUUGCCCAGGUGUGUACCUGUCCCACUGUCCUGUGAGAAAGUGCACUGCAAACAGGGUGCCGUGUGUAAGCUAGUUAAUAGUAAGCCAGUCUGCCUGCACAUUGCACCUUCCUGCGACACGAUUCAUUGCAAAGAAGGAACAAUCUGUGAGAUUCUAGAUGGCAUGCCCAAGUGUGUGCCCGCCAAAACAUCCUGUGACAGGAUCCAGUGCCCGCUGGGAAAAGUCUGCAAAAUUGUGAACAAAUGGCCCACAUGUGUGCCCAUCCCUCACUCCUGUAAGAAUAUUGAAUGCAAAACAGGGACCAUGUGUGAUAUUGUAAAUGGCUGGGCGACAUGUGUUCCAGAUACACUGGCAUCUUGUGCAUCCUUUUUUUGCAAAGAAGAAGCCAUGUGUGAAAUGAUUAAUGGAAAGCCAACAUGCACACCCUUCCCACUUUCCUGUGAAAGAUAUAAGUGCAGAGAAGGAACUGUAUGUGAGGUUGUGCACGGUUGGCCCAUGUGUGUAUCUUUGCCAUCUUUGUGUCAGGAAACAAAGUGUGCACAGGGGACUGCUUGCAAAAUCACUGAUGGAUUGCCGAAAUGUGACCCCAUCCCUUCCACCUGUAACAAGCUGCAGUGUCAAGUGGGAACCAUCUGUGAAAUAGUUGAUGGUUGGCCGAAGUGUGUUCCAGUCCCUCACUCCUGUGAAAACAUCUACUGUAAACAAGGGACAAUUUGUGAAAUUGUCCAAGGUUGGCCUAAAUGCACACCCAUCCAACCAUCCUGUGACAAAAUCCAUUGCGGAGAGAGGACCACUUGCAAAAUGGUUGAUGGUGGGCCUCAGUGUGUUCCUAUUCCACCAACAUGUGACAAAAUUGGUUGCAAAGAUGGGGCCACUUGUGAAUUUAUUGAUGGUUGGCCCAUGUGUGUUCCUAUCCCUGCCUCUUGUGCCAAAAUCAAAUGCAAAGAAGGAACGCUUUGUGAAAUGGUUGAUGACUGGCCCACCUGUAUUCCCAUCCAACCCUCCUGUGAAAAAUUUACCUGCAGCACAGGGACCAUGUGUGAGAUAUACCAAGGGCAGCCAAAAUGUAUUUCCCUCACACCUUCCUGUGACAAAUUCCAGUGCAAGGAGGGAACUAUUUGUGAAAUCAGUGGUGGUUGGCCCAAAUGUGUUCCCAGGCCCGUCCCAUCGUCUUGUGAAAAGUUGACCUGUGAUGCAGGGACUGUGUGUGAGAUAUACCAAGGGCAGCCAAAAUGUAUUUCCCUCACACCUUCCUGUGACAAAUUCCAGUGCAAGGAGGGAACUAUUUGUGAAAUCAGUGGUGGUUGGCCCAAAUGUGUUCCCAGGCCCGUCCCAUCGUCUUGUGAAAAGUUGACCUGUGAUGCAGGGACUGUGUGUGAGAUAUACCAAGGGCAGCCAAAAUGUAUUUCCCUCACACCUUCCUGUGACAAAUUCCAGUGCAAGGAGGGAACUAUUUGUGAAAUCAGUAGUGGUUGGCCCAAAUGUGUUCCCAGGCCCGUCCCAUCGUCUUGUGAAAAGUUGACCUGUGAUGCAGGGACUGUGUGUGAGAUAUACCAAGGGCAGCCAAAAUGCAUUUCCAUCACACCUUCCUGUGACAAAUUCCAGUGCAAAGAGGGAACUGUUUGUGAAAUCAGUGGUGGUUGGCCCAAAUGUGUUCCCAGUCCCGUCCCAUCGUCUUGUGAAAAGUUGACCUGUGAUACAGACACCAUUUGUGAGAUAUACCAAGGGCAGCCAAAAUGCAUUUCCAUCACACCUUCCUGUGACAAAUUCCAGUGCAAAGAGGGAACUGUUUGUGAAAUCAGUGGUGGUUGGCCCAAAUGUGUUCCCAGGCCCGUCCCAUCGUCUUGUGAAAAGUUCACCUGUGAUGCAGGGUCCGUGUGUGAGAUAUACCAAGGGCAGCCAAAAUGCAUUUCCAUCACACCUUCCUGUGACAAAUUCCAGUGCAAAGAGGGAACUGUUUGUGAAAUCAGUGGUGGUUGGCCCAAAUGUGUUCCCAGGCCCGUCCCAUCGUCUUGUAAAAAGUUCACCUGUGAUGCAGGGACUGUGUGUGAGAUAUACCAAGGGCAGCCAAAAUGCAUUUCCAACACAGCUUCCUGUGACAAAUUCCAGUGCAAAGAGGGAACUGUUUGUGAAAUCAGUGGUGGUUGGCCCAAAUGUGUUCCCAGGCCCGUCCCAUCGUCUUGUGAAAAGUUCACCUGUGAUGCAGGGACCGUGUGUGAGAUAUACCAAGGGCAGCCGAAAUGUAUUUCCAUCACACCUUCCUGUGACAAAUUCCAGUGCAAGGAGGGGACUAUUUGUGAAAUCAGUGAUGGUUGGCCCAAAUGUGUUCCCAUCCCCUCCUCUUGUGGAAAUGUCAGCUGCAAUGUAGGGACUGUGUGUCAAAUGGUUUCUGGUUGGCCAACAUGUGUUCCCAUUUGUAGAACGGUUGAAUCCUGGCCCAGAUGUAUUCCCAUCCCACUCUCCUGUGACAAGGCACAUUGCCAAGAAGGCACUGGUUGUGAAGUCAUCCAUGGUUUACCAACAUGUGUACCCAUUCUGUCUUCUUGUGACAAAACUAGCUGUGCACAGGGAAUGGUGUGCCAGAUUGCACAUGGCUGGCCAACAUGUGUUGCAGCAGCAGCACCAUCUUGUGCUUCUACACAUUGUCAAGUGGGGACUGUGUGUCAGCUUGUUAAUGGAAGUCCACAGUGUGUGCCGAUCCCACCUUCCUGUGACAAAUUCCACUGCAGUGCAGGGACUAUCUGUGAGAUGGUGAAUGGCCGCCCCCAAUGUGUUCCUGUGCCAAGCUCCUGUCAAAGCACCCAUUGCCAAAGAGGAACUGUAUGUCAAAUUAUAAAUGGCUGGCCCAAAUGUGUGCCGGUGGCUGUGCAAUCAUGCCACACACUUCAAUGCAAAAGAAGGACUACCUGUAAGGUUGUGAAUGGUACACCCAAGUGUGUGCCUGUUUUGCCCACCCAACCUAUCUGUUGGGCUUCUGGUCAACCCCACUACCACACCUUCGAUGGACACAGCUAUGAUUUCCAAGGUACCUGCACUUACACCGUGGUGAAGACCUGCCGGCCCACUUCCAAGCUACCAUUCUUCCACAUCUCCACCAAGAGCCAGAAGAGCUCCCCAUUCUCUUUCGUCAGCCAGGUCACCAUCUUCAUUUAUGGAUCCAACAUCACCAUGGUCAAGUAUGAAUACGGCCUGGUCAGAGUCAACCAAGUACGCUCCCGCUUGCCCAUAGCCAUGCAUGAAGGGAAGCUCUCCUUAUACCACCGAGGAGGCCAACUGGUUAUUGAAACAACAUUUGGUCUGAAAGUUUACUAUGACUGGAACUAUUACUUAGUGGUGAAGGUCACUCCAGCCUUUCGGAACCGUAUCUGUGGCCUCUGUGGCAACUACAAUGGGGACCCCAAUGAUGACUUUGUGACAUCUUCAGGAGGCUUUGCCACUGAUCCUGUGGAGUUUGGUAAGAACUGGAAGGUGGAAGAUGGAGAUAGUAAAUGCCGUCAUGGCUGCCACGGCAAAUGCUAUCACUGUUCUUUGGAGCUGGUGGCCAGAUACAGUGCAGAGACCUUUUGUGGCCUGAUUGCUAAACAUAGAGGUGGCCCAUUCCGACACUGCCAUGCCUUGAUUGACCCCAAGCCCUAUUUGAAUGACUGUGUGAUUGAUUUGUGUACCUUUGAGGGCUACAAACAGAUCUUGUGCCGAGCAUUAAAGACUUAUGCUGAUGCCUGUCAAAGAGAAGGGGCAGCAGUAUCCGCCUGGAGAAAACACGCCGGCUGCCCCAUGUCUUGCCCUGACUAUAGCCAGUACAUGCCCUGUGGCUCAGCAUGUCCUGCCACCUGCACCAACCCUGAUGCUCCAAAGCAAUGCCACCUGCCCUGCAUGGAGACCUGCCAGUGCAAAGCUGGCUAUGUGCUGGAUAGUGGCAGGUGUAUUCCCAAAGACCGCUGUGGCUGUGUCUAUCAUGGUCGACUAUAUGCACAGAAAGAGCAGUUCUGGGGUGACCAGCAAUGCCAUCAGCAGUGCUCAUGCAAGGCGCAAGACAGAAAAGUGAUUUGCCAUGAGUCCCAUUGCGGGGAGAUGGAGGGGUGCCAUGUGGUCAAUGGCCUGAGAAAGUGCUAUCCCACCAUCUAUGGAACCUGCUCUGCCGUGGGCCAAUUGCAUUACAUCACCUUUGAUGGGUUGCGCUACGACUUCUAUGGGACCUGUGUUUAUCGCCUGGCUGAAGUCUGUCACAAGAGAGCAAACAUGACUCAGUUCCAAGUCCUGGUUCAGCAUGAAAGGCAGGGACUCAAGAAUCCCUCUGCCACCAAAGCCCUUGAGAUCAAGGUCUAUGGUUUGACUGUCCUAGUCAGCCAUAGUAAAGUCUUGCUGAAUGGCUUGUUGAUCAAUCUUCCCUACAACAUUGAAUAUGAUAAAGUCACCCUUUACCGCCAGGGCUGGGAUAUUGUGAUCACGACUGAUUUUGGUUUAACCAUCACGUUUGAUGGGAAGAACAAUAUCCGUCUCACAGUGCCGGGAACCUACAGGGGUGACGUGUGUGGCUUGUGUGGCAAUUUCAAUGGGCAGGCAGAUGAUGACAUGCAGCUCCAACAUAGCCAAACACUGACCACUAGCCCAGGGGACUUUGGCAGAAGCUGGAAGUUUCGGGACAUCCCAGGCUGUAUUGAGAAAGAGAAGGAGGACUGCAUGGACCUUGUGAAUGUGGAGCGCACACAGAAGACGAGCAAGGAAUGUGGUCUCCUGUUGGACACACAUGGUCCCUUCAGAGAGUGCCACAGCAAGGUGCCAUCUCAGUCAUACUUCAAAGACUGUGUCUUUGACUAUUGCUCCAACAAGGUCAAUAAGAAUGCCAUCUGCCACAUCCUCUCCUCCUAUGCCGCAGCUUGCCAAGCAUAUGGUGCCAAGGUCUAUGAGUGGAGAUCUGCCAAUCUCUGCACACCCGAAUGCCCCACAAACAGCCAUUAUAAAGUCUGUGCCAGUGAUUGCCCUGUGACCUGUCUCAGCCUCUUUAACCCAGUUGCGUGCACUGCUAAGUGCCGUGAGGGGUGUGAAUGCAACGAAGGUUAUGUUUUGAGUGGUGACCAGUGUGUUCCCAUCUCCCAAUGUGGCUGCGUCCACCAAGGCUUCUACUACAAGGCAGGUGAGUCUUUCUAUCUCAAUGGAUUCUGCAAGGAGCGAUGUGUUUGCCAAGUAGGUGGUAUCAUGGACUGCCACCGUUCCUCCUGUGGUCCUAAUGAGGAGUGUCGCGUGGUGGAUGGUGUCCAGAAGUGCCACUCGCUUGGCCCCAGGAAAAGUGGAUCAUGUCAUGUGGCUGGUGACCCACACUAUCUCACCUUUGAUGGCACCACAUUUGACCUCCAGAGCAACUGCACCUACACCCUGGCUAAGAGCUGCACACGCAAGAGCUCCCUUCCGUCCUUUUCUGUCAACGUGGAGAAUGAGAGGCGGUCCAGGGGAAAGGUCUCUGUGACAAAGGUCGUUUCUGUCACAGCCUAUCAAAACACCAUCUCCAUCUUGCGGGAAAAGAGAGGCAUUGUCCUGGUCGAUGGUGCAACCACCUACUUGCCUUUCCGGUUGGUGAGUGAUGCUAUGUGGGUGUACUACCACGGUGAUGACAUUGUGAUUCGGACAGACUUUGGCUUAUUCGUCUCCUUUGACCAGCUCUACCAUCUUGUCGUCAGAGUGCCCGAAUCUUAUAAGGGCCAGACCUGUGGCCUAUGUGGCAAUUACAAUGGCAGGGCCCAUGAUGAUCUCUUCCUGCCCACUGGCCACCUAGCCUCCAGUGUGCAAGACUUUUCAGCUGCUUGGAAAGUAGGUGUCCCCACGGCAGUCUGCACAGAGGACUGUGGUGCUUCAGUGUGUGGUGCAUGCCAAGAGAGCCAGAAGGCCAGCUAUGUACACAAUAGCCAAUGUGGAAUACUGCAGGAGCCGUAUGGGCCUUUCAGUGCCUGCUAUUCCACCAUCAACCCUGCAGACUUCUACAACAACUGCGUGCAUGACCUCUGCAAAGCAAGAGGAAACCCUGUUAUCCUCUGCAGGGUUAUCCACAGCUACGUCACUUCCUGUCAAGCUGCAGGCAUUAAGAUCAAGCCCUGGAGGACAGCAAAAUUCUGCCCUAUGAAAUGCCCUGUCAACAGUCACUACGAUGUUUGUGUCAAGGCUUGCUCCACUGGUUGCAGAGAGGCAACCAGAAUCACCAAGUGCCCCAACAACUGUGCUGAAGGCUGCCAGUGCAAAAAGGGUUACUUUAUGGCUGGAUACCACUGUGUGCCUAUUAGCCAAUGCCGGUGCUUCCACCAGGGUACAUGGUUUAAAGUUGGAGUGAAAGUGAUCACAGCCAACUGCAGGGAGCAAUGUAUCUGCCAUCGCCAAGGUCGGGUGGUGUGCACACCACUCCCAUGUGCAGCUGGAGAAGCCUGUGUCUUGAGUAAUGCCCAGUGGACCUGUGUUCGGCAAGAGGGCCAUUGCACCAUUUCCCAGGGGCAUAUUUUCACAUCUUUUGACGGGGUCUCUGGAAAGGUUCCCCCUGAAGGGUCCUAUGAGAUCUCCGCACUCACCAACGCUAAGUCUAAAUCUUGGUUCCGGGUGGUGGUGCAAUUGCAGAAGUGUCCCACAUGUGCCACACCCAUUGUGGUCACUGUCACGAUCUACUUCCACAAGCUUAUUGUGCUGGUGAAGCAGGACAGCUCAGUCUCGAUUAAUGGACACCCAGUGCAUCUCCCAGUCCAGCCUUCAAAGGAAGUAUCAGUGAGCCUGGCUCAAGAUGUGGUAGCAGUGACACAUGGAUCAGAUGUACGGAUUCUCUAUAGCAUCAGAGGAGACCUGACAUUGGCCAUCAGCGGUGCACUGGCCAACAAAGUAUUCAGAUCCUGUGGAAACUUCAAUGGUAAUGGUGCAGAUGACCUGUGGUUACCUGAUGGUAGAGUAGUACACACCAUUACAGAGGUCAUCAGCCACUGGCGAGUCACAACAGCGACACAAAAUGGUACGUAA